GUAUGAAUUUGUUUGUAAAUGCCGAUAGCUCUUAUUUGGAAUCUCUCCUUCAAUGGAAUGGAGGAUGGGUUGUCCUGCUGUACAUAUAGGACUGCGCAAUCACCACACACAGCAAUAAACAGAGAGAGAGGGAGAUAUCAGUGAAACAACUAGAGAAAAAGAGAGAGAGGGGCAGAGGAGGAAGUGGUGCAUCACUGGGAAUCUUAAUAAGUUCAGCGGAAGAACAAAACAAUGACAGACUGUGGUUUUGAGAGGGAGUUUGUGGAUGCUCAUAAUGACUAUCGCAGGAAGCAUGGUGCCCCGCCCCUAGCGCUGAGCAGAGACCUGUGUAACUCCGCCCAGAAAUGGGCAGACCAUCUUCUGUCAAUCAAAAGCCUGAAGCAUAGCUCCACCGAUCAUGGAGAAAACCUUUACUACGCAUACAGCUCAAUCCCCAAAAAACCUGUUGGGAAGGAUGCAGUGGACAGUUGGUACAGUGAAAUCAAAGAUUACCACUUCAAUAAGCCUGGCUUCAGCUCUGGUACAGGUCACUUCACCCAGGUGGUUUGGAAGGACUGCAGCGAGGUAGGUGUGGGCCUGGCCACAGAUGGGCAAACGAUCUUUGUAGUGGGCCAGUACCACCCAGCUGGCAACAUGUGCAACGCGGGCUACUUUGAGAAGAAUGUCCUACCACUGGGUAGCUCCACCUCUAGCGCACCCAAAUGUGUCCCCACAGCCGGAGAAAGAGGGGGCCUGAGUGUACCCCAGUCUAAAAUGGCCAGAUCCUUUUCACCUGCAUAUAAGGCUCCUCCUCAGGCGAACGGCACUGACCUGGGCCAGUUCCACAGAGACUUCCUACGGGCGUGUAACAACCAGCGGAUGGCACACGGAGCCCCAGCCCUCACACUGAACCCAGCCCUGAGUCAGGGGGCACAGGCAUGGGCAGAAACUCUACUGGGAGAGCGGGUGCUGAAGAACUCAUCCUCCCCCCAUGGUGAAAAUAUCUGGGCCAAGACGGGGUCAGCGGGCAGCACUGCUACGGGUCAAGAGGUGGUGGACGCCUGGUACAAACAAGAGGAGAACUAUGACUUCUCCAAACCAGGACAUCAGGAAAAAACAGGGCAGUUCACACAACUGGUGUGGCGUAGCUCCAAGGAGGUGGGCGUCGGCAUGGCAAACGGUGGCACGGGGAUGCUUGUCGUGGUGGCACACUUUAAACCGGCUGGCAACAUCAGCAACCCCGGUUACCACGCUCAGAAUGUGAUGCCAAAAGGGUCGAAAGUUACCGAUAAGCCAGUGGAGGUCGUCACUUCGAGAAUGCAGGCGUUGGCUGUGAACUCACUGUCAGCCAAUGAGCUUGGCCAGUUCGGCCGGGCUCUUCUGAAGUCUCUGAACCAAUACCGGAGCCAGCAUGGGGCAUUACCUCUGGUGCUAAGCCCUGCCCUCACUAGUGAGGCCCAGGAUUGGGCGGCUCACCUGGUGAGCAUCAACACACUGAUGAACAGCGGCAAAGGCCACGGGGAGAACAUAUUCUACUGCUCUGGCUCCAGCACAGCGACCCCUACUGGAUCAGAUGUGGCCGAGUCUUGGUACAAGGAGAUUGAGAAGUAUAACUUCUCAUCCCCUGGUUUUCAGAGUGGAGCAGGUAAUUUCACUCAAAUGGUCUGGAAGUCCUCAAAGCAAGUAGGCGUGGGUUUGGCGACCAGUGGGCGGGGAACGUUUAUCGCCGUGGCGUUCUACGACCCAGCGGGCAACAUCACCAACCCAGGCUAUUUCCAUGACAACGUGAAAACCAAAGGAAGCACAUUUUAGUCUGAGUCAUAUUUUUUUUUUUUUAUUUUAUUUCACCUUUAUUUAACCAGGUAGGCAAGUUGAGAACAAGUUCUCAUUUCCAAUUGCGACCUGGCCAAGAUAAAGCAAAGCAGUUCGACAACAUACAACAACACAGAGUUACACAUGGAGUAAAACAAAUAUACAGUCAAUAAUACAGUAGAAAAAUAAGUCUAUGUACAAUGUGAGCAAAUGAGGUGAGAUAAGGGAGGUAAAAGCAAAAAAAAAAGUCCAUGGUGGCAAAGUAAAUAUAAUAUAGCAAGUAAAACACUGGAAUGGUAGAUUUGUAGUAGAAGAAAGUGCAAAGUAGAAAAAGAGUUAAUAGGGUGCAAAGGAGCAAAAUAAAAUAAAUAAAAUUAAUAAAUACAGUAGGGGAAGAGGUAGUUGUUUGGGCUAAAUUAUAGAUGGGCUAUGUACAGGUGCAGUGAUCUGUGAGCUGAUCUGACAGCUGGUGCUUAAAGCUAGUGAGGGAGAUUAGUGAUUCCAGUUUCAGAGAUUUUUGUAGUUCGUUCCAGUCAUUGGCAGCAGAGAACUGGAAAGAGAGACGGCCAAAGGAUGUACAUAUGUAGUAUGUAUGCCGGCACUACCAAAGGUUUCUAUAGGAAUGGGGUGCUUAUCUGGGCAAACACGUUGUUGCUGUUAUCUUUGGUUGUUGCUAUGAUUUGUCCUCUUUUGGAAGGCUACAAAUCUUUUUUUGUUAGUUCAUUGUCUUCCAUAGAUGGCGCCAUUCUAACGCGACACGCAGUUGCCAGGAGCCAUCAGUGUAACUUGAACUUAACUUUUUAAAACUUCUAUCUCAAAUAGACGGUUUCAUAAACGCUUGCUAUUUCCUCAUAGAACAUGAUGUCAUGUUGGCCCGCUGAGCUGGCCAAUCAGUGGUCAACUUGCAUGAACAUUUCUAAUGACCGGUAUACUCCCACAUCAUUCUGUUGUUGGGGUAUGUCCACACCAUUCAAACAAAUAUAAUAAGGAUCUCUACAGAUCGGUGUCCUACCCCCGGGACGGUUGAGCUAAUGUGCGCUAAUGCGAUUAGCUAUAGGUCAUAUUUCGUAGAAGUCUGGAAACACUGGACAGUUACUUAAAACCCGAAAUGUAAUGCCUUUCAUCUCGUGCACGUUUUUGUCAUUUACUGUACAUGAAUAAAGAAAUGCUCGCUUUUUAAAUGUAUUCAUUGAUGUUUAUCAAACAUGUUGACAUACAGACCGAGACUGCACUGUGUUGACAUACAAGGAGCAAUAAAUGGUGGAAUUAAA